AUGUUAGAUUUUUUAGGCAAACGUCUCCAAAAGUCUCUGGCUAAAAUCAAGGCUAAAACCACGAUUAACGAGGCCGACAUUUUGGAGGUGACCCGCUCGAUCAAACUUUCUCUGCUGGAAGCCGACGUCAAUCUUGGCGUCGUGCGCGAUUUUGUUAAAGCAGUCAAAGAAAAAGCAAUCGGCUCAAACUUAAUUGGUCAACUCAACCCCUCCCAACAAAUGGUCAAAAUUGUCCGGGACGAAUUAACUCAGGUUCUAGGUCAAAAAACUAAAAGCAUUGCUCUUCACCGCCCGAUCAACGUGGUAAUGUUAAUCGGUUUGCAAGGUUCAGGGAAAACGACUACGGCCGCCAAGUUAGUCGGCUAUUACCGCCAACACCACCAAAUUAAAAAACCGCUUUUAGUCGCCGCUGACAUUUACCGUCCGGCGGCCAUUGACCAGCUCAUCACAUUGGGACAGCAGAAUAAAAUCCCGGUUUUUUCCGAAGGUCAAAUUGAUCCGCGGCAAAUCGUCACUAACGCUCUUAAAAAAGCCCGCCAAGAGGAAUUUGAUUUGGUCGUGAUUGACACGGCUGGGCGAUUAGCCAUUAACCAAGAGUUAAUGCACGAACUAGCCGAUCUGAAAAAGAUCGCUCGUCCCCACCAAAUUUACCUCGUCGUUGACGCUCUGGUUGGGCAAGACAUCAUUAACGUGGCUAAAGCGUUUCACGAUCAGUUGGAUCUCAGCGGUUUUAUUUUGACUAAAUUGGAUUCGGAUGCCCGCGGCGGCGCCGCUCUUUCGCUGACCUACUUGCUCAAGAUUCCGAUUGUCCUAAUCGGAACGGGCGAGAAAGUUGGUCAAAUUGAACUUUUUCAUCCCGACCGCAUGGCCGAAAGAAUUCUUGGCAUGGGCGAUGUUUUAAGUUUGAUUGAGAAAGCCCAAGACGUGGUUGAUGAAAAACAGACCCAACGUUUAAUGCACCGCCUAGCGAGCGGCCGCUUUAACUUAAACGAUUUAAUUGACCAACUCAAACAAAUUAAGAAAAUGGGCAAAAUGGGCAAAAUUCUCCAAAUGAUUCCCGGCAUGGCCCAGAAAAUUCCGGCCGAGAAAAUUGCCAGCGCUGAGCGUAAAUUAGUAACCUUUGAAAUUUUAAUUCAGUCAAUGACUCGUCAAGAGCGUCUUGAGCCCAAAUUGCUUAAACAAGCCGCUCGUAAGCAGCGGAUCAUGCGCGGCUCAGGUCGCUCGGCUCAAGACUACAACCUUUUAAUUAACGAAUUUGAUCGAAUGUCUAAACAAAUGAAAGAUUUGUCUAAGUCGCUCCAAGACGGUAGUUUUAGUCCGAGAAAGUUUGGUUUAACUUAG